AUGGAGCUGGAAACCCUUCAAUUCCCCUCCCCGGCUGUGAGCACGAAAGGCAACGGCGUUACGCUGUCGAGAAACGAGCCCGCGGGUGCAGCUUCAUUCCCACAGAGCUUCCCCCGUAAUACGUUUGAAGACACAACGCCUUCAAUAACGACCAGCCCCUCGGAGCGUUGGAACUAUCCAAAACGCAACUGUUUUCGUUUCCUAGCGGCCAAUUACAGCUUUAUAGUAUUGGGAAUCAAUGAUGCAGCCUACGGUCUAGAAACUUAUUAUCACGUUACCUACACAGUCAUAUCGCUAGUAUUUUUAUCCCCUCUGGUAGGAUAUAUCACGUCGGCCAUAUUGAACAAUAUGUUACAUAUGCGCUUUGGGCAACGCGGCCCUGCUCUUUUGGGACCUGCCAGCCAUGUCAUUGCCUAUGUCAUUGUCUGCCUUCACCCUCCGUAUCCGGUCCUAAUCAUUGCCUUUAUUAUUGCUGGCUUCGCAAAUGGCCUGUCAGACGCCGCAUGGAACGCGUGGGUGGGCUCAAUGGCAAAUGCCAAUGAACUUCUAGGACUGUUACACGGCUCUUAUGGCCUAGGGGCAUUACUGGCACCGACAAUCGCUACAUCCCUCAUCACAAAAGCGGGCUGGCAGUGGUUUGAGUUCUAUUACCUUGUUACUGGAAGCGCCUUUUUGGAACUGGUUUUUCUCGGGGCCUCAUUCUGGAAUUCGACAGGGGCCCUGUACCGCGAGACACACCAGCGUAGCGAGGUAAGCCACAGCGCGAGGGCCAUUCCCUCCGAUGAAGAACGACCACAGGUCACGAGGAAAGAUAUUAUCGUCAGCAAGAUCUUCGGCAACAGCCGCACAGCUGAGGCUGUAAGGAACAAAAUAACUUGGAUCUGUGCAUUCUUCCUGAUCGCCUAUGUUGGGAUCGAGGUUGCCCUGGGUGGGUGGAUCGUCACGUUCAUGAUUCGCGUUCGCCAUGCAUCAAACUUUGCAUCCGGCAUGGCGUCGACUGGGCUCUGGGCCGGUAUCACUGUUGGGCGUGUGGUUCUCGGCUUCGUAACCCCUCGAUUAUUUAAGUCUGAAAAGCAUGCCGUGACUGUAUAUCUGGGAGCCUCUGUGGUCCUCGAGCUUCUCUUUUGGCUGAUUCCCCAAUUCAUCGUUUCUGCGUUGAUGGCUGCUUUCCUUGGGUUCUUUCUGGGGCCCCUGUUUCCAGCAGCCGUGAUCGCUGCGACGAAGUUGCUCCCGAAACAUCUACAUGUCAGUGCUAUCGGCUUCGCGGCCGCCAUUGGUGCAUCUGGGGCUACAAUCUUGCCCUUCGCGGUCGGUGCCAUCGCCCAAUUCAAGGGAGUGCAAGUCUUGCAACCGAUUGUGCUCGCAAUGCUUGUUGUUGACGGGGGAAUUUGGCUGUGCCUGCCCAGUCUUUCGAAGAAAAAACAAUGA